AUGCAAACGGACAGUGAGAGGGGGUCAAGGCCGUCUCCUUCCCGCAACAGUUCCCUCUCGACGCUGUGCGGUGACGCUGUCAGCAGCAAAGCUUCGACUAUCUGCGGCCGGGAAUCGCCGAUAUCACAAGAUCCGAGUCAGGACAAGCAUCUUCCAGAGCCCGAGUCCUUUUUGGUCUCUUGGGAUGGACCACAUGACCCAGAGAACCCCAAGAAUUGGGACAGAAGGCAGAAAUGGACAAUGUCCCUGAUUAUCUCGGCAUUCGCAUUUCUUUCGCCCCUCUCCUCCUCCAUUGCCGCCCCAGCUUUAGGUCCGAUUGGACACGAUCUUCAUAUAGACAACCAAGUCCAGCUCCAACUCGUCCUGUCGAUCUUUCUGCUCACCUACGCACUCGGCCCAUUCAUACUGUCACCUUGCUCAGAAAUAUGGGGCCGUACACCGAUAGCGAUUUCAGCUAAUGGUUGGGGCCAGAUGGGAAGCGGCGUCUUGACAGACUGCUGGCGCCCAGAAGAGCGCGGAAAAGGAAUAGCCGUGAUGCAAUUUGCACCAGUCAUUGGCCCUGCACUAGGUCCCAUUGUUGGCGGCUACAUCUCGCAGUACGCCACCUGGCGCUGGGCAUUCUGGACAGUCGUCAUCUUCAACGUCGCAGUACAGGCUGUGGCAUUCUUCCUGCUGAAAGAGACAUAUACACCUCGCCUUCUUGUGCUGAAAGCCAGGAAGCUCCGCAAGGAGUCACGUAAUCCAGAGUUCCAGACUGCCUGGGAACGAGAGCAACGCACUCUGACGAAGAUUCUUCGAGUCAGCUUGUCGAGACCCUGGGUGAUGCUUGCAACUCAGCCCAUCAUUCAAAGUCUAGCAAUUCUUCAGGCUUUUAACUUUGGCCUGCUCUAUCUCGUCAUCUCCGGAUUUCCUACUCUUUGGGAAGAGCACUACGGGAUGUCAAAGGGCAGAGCAAGUCUGAACUACAUCUCGAUCGCCGUCGGGUCCCUGAUCGGAGUUAUAAUCUGCGCCCCUACUAUGGAUACAGUCUACCGUCGGCUCAAGACAAAAUCCGGGAUCGGGAUGGAGGAGCCAGGGAGACCCGAAUUUCGCAUUCCCUUGAUGAUUCCUAGUUCACUCGUCACGCCUGCUGGGAUGCUGUUGUUUGCAUGGUCCGCGCAGAACAGACUGCAUUUUCUCAUUCCAAACGUAAGUCUCUUCAGAGUCGAAUAUCUUUACGGGGACAGCAUCCUGACUCAGGACCAAUAG